UAAAAGUUUCAAAUUCGGCAGCAGUAUAUACUCGCCCUUUGCCUUCAUGAAUAGGGAUGUUACGUUGGAGUAGACUUAAAGAGGGCCAGUUUGUCGUCAGUUACGUAGCUUUAUUAGCGUGUUGAAUCGACCUAACGGUACUUCUUGCCGACACUUCGUGCUACAUCAGUUUUUAGUAGCUAGCUGAAAAGCUGCUAACAUCAUCAUGGCAGCGGAGUGCGAUGUGUUGUCUGAGAUCGAGGUGCUGCAGUCGAUCUAUCUGGAUGAACUGCUGGUCAACAGGAAGGAAGACGGGGGCUGGCAGGUGAGCCUGGUCCUGUACCCGUCCACAGCGGAGGACGCUGUCUCCCAGUUUGUCCGACUCACCCUGACUCUGACCCUCGACCAGCAGUAUCCUUCGUCUUCUCCGGCCAUCUCCAUCCGUAACCCCCGGGGGCUUUCUGACGACAAGAUCAGCAGUGUCCAAAAGUGUCUUCAGUUGGAGGCUCAGUCCUGUCUGGGCUCACCUGUGUUGUAUCAGCUCAUUGAGAAAGCAAAAGAAAUCCUGACUGAGAGCAACAUUCCUCACGGAAACUGUGUCAUUUGUCUUUAUGGCUUCAAGGAGGGAGAGACCUUCUCCAAGACCAGCUGCUACCACUACUUCCACUCCCACUGCCUCGGCCGCUACGCCAGCCACUCGGAGCGCGACCUCCGGCAGAGGGAGAGGGAGCUGGAGGAGGACAAGACCCGGGACCGAGCGGAGCGCCAGGAGCUGACCGUGGUGUGUCCGGUGUGCAGAGAGCCGCUGACGUAUGAUGUGGAGCAGCUUCUGUCCUCGCCGGCCCCGCAGCUGCCGGAGCUGGACGGAGCAGCGAUCGGUUCAACGUUUCAGCAGAAGUGGUUUAAACUGCAGGAGCUUCUGGAGAGACAGAAGUCUAAAGGUGGGAUCAUCGACCCGGAGGUGGAAUCCAACCGGUUCUUCAUCCACACCAGCGAGACUCCACCUGCUGCGGACAACGGAACCCUGGACGCAGAUAUGUCUCCCGGCCCCCCGGCCCUCUCUGCGUCUCAUGUUCCCUCUUCUCAGAGAGAGAACCAGUUUGUUCCCGCACCGCCCCACUGCAGAGGAGGUCAGAGGCGGGGGCCGAGGAGAGGAGGCCGGUCCCGACCGCAGCAACACCGGAGAGCCGGCCCCGUCACGGAGCACCUGCACAAACUGUCUCUGUCCUCAGACUGCAGCGAAGGACCAAUGAGAGCUCAGGGUAACCAACAGAUGCAGGUCAAUGCAGAGUCCUGUCAGGCGAAGACGAGGAGGGGUGUCUCCGCAGAGCCCCCGCUGUCUCCAGACAACCCGCCACUGUGCCAGGCGGCCUUGGAAACCGAAUCCCUAAAAGAUGCUGCAGACGGUCACCGUGGCAGCAGACGGGCUCCUCACCGAUCUGACCCGGACAGCGGCGCCCCCGGGCGCUACUACUGGGACGGGCGGGCUUCUAGAAGCAGGGGAGGGCCCAAUCAGCUGAACAGCAGAGGAGGGGGGCCCCGCAGGGGUCACGGCAGGGGCUUCCCUCACAAGGUGGUGGAGAGAGAGAGGGCAAGAGAGGAGGUGCUAUGACGAAGGGCAACGGGAGGGCCAAUGAACAAACGUUCGUGUGCCUCCAUCAUCAGUUUGCAUAGAUUAACGCCCUGCAGGAACAACGUGCAGCAUCGUGUCCGCUCCUCCUGUGCGCCCCCAUCAUCCUGCUCUCUGGUAUGCACCCUCAUGCACACUGACAUCACAUCCAGAUGGUUGUUGCUUUUUGUUGUGGUGCAAAAUGACUUGAAAGAACUACAAAUUAAAUUUUCUGUGUGUUCCAGA